AGUAGACUGCGUCUCGACUUCCUUGAGAUUGAGAUGAAGUCGAUCUGGUUUUUAGUGUGUCCUGGUGUCUGGUGACUUCAAAUUCAUGUCACUUUGUGAAUAUCCUUUCCGUUCGUACUCACUGGUUGCAAUCACUAAAUCGUUGAAUGCACAGAAAUCUGCAAACAAUUCUCCAUUCUCGUUCAUCACCUCACCGAGCGCUCCUCGACCGAUGGUUAGUUCUCUUCCUGUGUUGUCUGCUCCCAGUUUGGCAUUCAUGUCGCCUAUUAGAAUGAAUUUUGAUAUCGCCAACUGAGAUCUUGUCCAGUGCUGAUUGUAGUUGUCUGUAGAAUCCCUCCUUCUUCCCUUCAUCUGCAUUAUUUGUAGGUGUGUAGCAUUGUAUGAUUGUGACUUUCGUUCCAUUUGAGUUGAACCCUGCUGUGAUGGUCGUGGAG